CUGCAACAUUUACAAAAACAAAGCGCAUAGUAGCAUAUACGAUUGGCAAGCGACGUGUUACAGUAUUGGCCGCAAAAUGUUACCCAUCAUCAUUGCGCUAUUUCUUUGCAUUGGACUACUGCCGGCAGCUUGGUGUAUCGAUGGUCUCCAAGGACAAUCUAUUAAGGAUGCUUUCGGUGAAUUCUCACUCACGGACAUGAUUAGCGUACAUUCGCAAGGCAUCGAAUACGAGGAGGCCGAUGAUGGUUUCCCCUCCUACAAAUUCUUUCCCACAUCAGAUGUGAAGACAUCCUAUCGCGUCUUAUUGCCGGAGAAACUCUACGAAUUUGCAAUACUUGUCAAAUUCUUACCCAACAGUCCCAAGGGCGGCUAUUUAUUUAGCGUGGUGAAUCCUUUGGAUACGGUGGUUCAAUUGGGCUUACAUCUAUCGCCUGUCAUUAAAAAUAUGUGGAACGUUUCGCUGCUCUACACGCAGUCAGAUCAAAAUAGCGUCAGUCGGAAAUUGGUCAGCUAUCAGUUGCCGUAUAGGGGCAAGGAGUGGACAACACUUUCUUUUCAGGUACUCAGCGACAAGGUGCUCUUCUACUACGACUGUGAAUUGAAUGAAACCACAUCGGUGGUGAGGGAACCGCAGGAAUUGGUCUUCGAUUCAGCAUCAACUUUAUAUUUAGCACAAGCAGGUCUCAUACUAACCGGGCACUUCGAGGGAAAUUUACAACAAUUGUAUGUUUAUACAAAUCCGGAAGCCAUACUUACAACAUGUCAGCCGCCAGCGAAGAAGUUGGAUGGCGUCGAUAAUGAAAUAUUGGAUGAUGAUAUUGGCUCAGGUUUUACGCUAAAUAUGAAUGAUGCAGAGUAUGAUAUUUUGGAUGAGAAAUUUUGGAAUGCGACGGACGAUGCCAGUGGAUUUCCACCACAAACGCCACCUCCGUAUUCACACGAAAGACCUUAUCGUACAAUAAAAGGUGAAAAAGGUGAACGUGGACCAAAAGGACCACCCGGUGAUAGUAUACGUGGUCCACCGGGACCACCAGGCCCACCAGGGCCGAAAGGUGAAUCGGCAACAUUUCCACCUUUCGUCGAUUUUCCCACCGGUCCCGACGCGAAAUACACUGGCAAAUGUACGUGCAAUGCGUCUGAUAUCCUAGAAGCAAUCAAAGAUAAUGAAAUACUACGUGAAACAAUACGCGGCCCACCCGGUCUGCCGGGUAAAGAGGGAAAGACUGGUGCGCCUGGACUCACGGGUGCUACAGGGAAACCAGGUGAACGCGGUGCCCCCGGUCCCAAAGGUGACCGCGGCGAUAGGGGCGAUCCUGGCUCCCGUGGACCCGAGGGUCUGCAAGGGCAUAAAGGCGAGCCCGGCGUCGACGGUAUGCCCGGCGUGCUGGGACCGCCUGGCCCGCCGGGACCGCCUGGCUUGCCUGAAAAUUAUGAUGAAUCCUUAAUGGGCAAUUCAAUGCGUCCGAUGCGCAGCUCUUCGCCAGGACCCAAGGGACCGCCUGGAGAUAAAGGUGAUGCCGGAGCGUUGGGCGAACGCGGUCAGCAGGGUCAGAAGGGCGAACGUGGAGAUCCAGGAAUGACUGGCGAGAAAGGUGAUAGGGGUCAUCCUGGCGUACACGGCCCCAAUGGCCAGAAAGGUGAACCAGGCCAACCAGGUGUGCCAGGCAUGGCAGGUGCACCUGGUGCUCCCGGCCUUAAAGGUGAUCGCGGUCUACCUGGUGAAUUGGGACCCAUCGGACCACAGGGUCCACCUGGUGAAGUCAUAUAUGCGGAUAAUUCUCUUAAUGGCACAGCGGGCACAGCGGCAGGACAGUGUCAAUGUCCAGCGGGACCACCUGGCCCACCAGGAAUGCGCGGCCCCCAAGGCUAUGAGGGUCCACCCGGUUUGAACGGCGAGCCUGGUCCAGCUGGGUCGAACGGUUUGACCGGCCUGCCUGGCUCCAAAGGGGAGAAGGGCGAAAAAGGUGUGCGGGGCCUGAGCGGCCCAAAAGGCGAUCGCGGCCCUGAAGGACCGCCAGGGCAGGCCUUUUUCGCUGGCGGUUACGAAGGCAUGGCUAUGAAUGGCACCAAGGGUGAUAAGGGCGAGAAGGGUAUGCGCGGACGACGCGGCAAACCGGGCCAAGCUGGACCGAUCGGACCGCCGGGCAAACCAGGUCCGAUGGGCGAUAUUGGGCAUUCGGGUCGACCUGGACUUACAGGACCUAAAGGUGACAUGGGCAGCAAAGGACAAAAAGGUGAAAAUGGCGGACGAGAAGGGCCCAAAGGUGAUAAAGGUGAUCGUGGACAAGAUGGACGUGAUGGUAUUCCCGGUCCACCUGGACUACCAGCAGCAGCCGGUGAAGGUGUACAAUAUAUACCAAUGCCUGGCCCACCAGGACCGCCUGGCCCUCCAGGUCAACCAGGCAUGCCCGGUUUGUCGAUAACCGGGCCGAAAGCAAGUGGACGCUCCUCUCUCGAUGAAAUCAAAGCUUUGCGUGAACUACAAGAUUUGAGAGAUCGUCCAGACAGCACUUCCGGUCCACCCGGCCCACCCGGUCCGCCAGGACCACCCAGCCAUUCACGUCAUGAUGAUGAGGAAACGCCAUAUUUUUCAGCAUCCUCCUGGAAUAUGAGAAUUGUACCUGGCGCGGUGACUUUUCCGAAUAUCGACGAAAUGACAAAGAAAUCAGCCAUGAAUCCACCAGGCACAUUGGCUUACAUCACGGAAGAGGAAGCGCUGCUGGUGCGCGUCAACAAGGGUUGGCAAUAUAUUGCGCUUGGUACAUUGGUACCCAUUGCCACACCCGCCCCACCGACUACUGUCGCACCGCCAGUACGCGUCGAUAUACAAUCAUCUAAUCUGCUCAAUAACCUGCCGCCACUACUAAAUACGCCAACGAGUGCAAAAUCUUGACUCAAUUGUACGUGUCGCAGACCGCGAUCUACCGGUGGUCAAUACCAGAGGCGACGUACUCUUCAACUCGUGGAAGGGCAUCUUUAAUGGUCAAGGUGGCUUCUUCUCACAAGCGCCGCGCAUUUACAGUUUUAGCGGCAAAAAUGUCCUAACGGAUCCAUUGUG